AGAGUAAAAAAAACGGUGCCAUGUUUCCAAACUAUAUUAGUUAUAUUUGAAAUUCGUGUAAUAUUCAUAUAAAAUAGUAAAAUAAAAAUUAUCACGAUCAAACGAUUGGUUUUCAAACAAAUAUGAAUCGUCAAAAUCGGUGGUCAGUUCGUAGCAACGGUUCACAAUCAUCCCUUCGAAGUGUCAAUCGAAAGGAAAAAUGCAAAGACUUUUGUCGAAAAACAAUUGCAUUCAUGUGCACACAAGUUGGGGUUGGUGGUCUAAUUGUGGCAUACGCUUUAGUUGGUGCAGCCAGUUUUAUUUCAAUUGAAACAGACGAAAAACAACCAAAUAUCACAUAUGGAGAAGAAGUGAAACAAAUGCGAAAUGAGUAUGCGAGUAAAUUGUAUAAGCUGGCAUUGAAAAACAAUGGUAUAAACGAAACCAUUUGGCGAAAUCAAAUGAAUGAAAAAUUGUUGGAUUAUCAAAACUUUUUGGUGGGAAUGAUUAAAAAAGGCUAUGACGGACGUACGUUGAAGCAAAUUUGGUCAUUUCCAGCGGCGCUCAUGUUUUGUUUAUCGGUAUUUUCGAUGAUAGGCUAUGGAAAUUUAACACCACGAACGGAAUGGGGAAAAGCAACAACUGUUAUUUAUGCAACAUUCGGAAUUCCACUCUAUAUUUUAUAUUUUUUAAAUAUUGGCAAAGUGUUGGCGAAAACAUUUCGUUGGUUAUAUCAUAAACUACACGAAUGCAGCCAAGAAACGGAUGGAUCGAUGCCAAAUCGAAAGAAAAUUAUCGUACCAUCAUCGGCAUGCGUAUGGGUGAUGUCUGUUUAUAUUUUACUUGGUGCCGGAAUGUUUUCGUAUUUAGAAAGUUGGGACUUUAAAAAUGCCGUGUAUUUCUGUGUAACGAGCCUAUGUAAAAUCGGAAUAGGAGAUUAUGUGCCAGGAACGAGUAUAAAUGCAACCAUACCAUUCUUCACAAACCCAGACACACAAAGUGAAAAUCAUACAAAACUUAUCAUUUUAUUUACAUACAUUUUAUUUGGCAUGGGACUAGUUGCGAUGUGCUAUCAAAUCGCUAGAGAAGAUAUUCGUGUCAAAAUCAAAGAAAUCACCGAAGAUGUCGAACUUUGCAUGGAAGAUCUACGGUGUCGGCUGGCAAAAUGUUGUAAUGGAAGCGGUCGAGAAAUUGAAAAUUAUCAUAGUUGAUUUCAAACAAAUCCA